UAUUUCUAUCUUGUCUAUAGUUGUAUUAGUAAUCGACAUUUUUGUGCACUCCGUUGAAUUUAUUCCAAUUAGUAUUUUAAUUCAAUAUGGAUGAUUUUGGUGACAGUUUUGUCCAGCCUGAAGUAGAUCCUGCGGCAGAGUUUCUGGCUCGCGAACAAGAUCAACUUGCGGGGUUAGAGGAUGAACUGGAAACCAGUGCUCCGCCCCCUGUUGUACCCGCAGCUUCCAGUGAAUUGGGUGAUGAUUUUGUCCAAAUACCAAGUACAGCCACACUAGAAGCAAAUGGCAUGCUGGAGGAGGAGCCUGCGCCAUCAGUGUUCAGACAGGAGCGUGAGGAACCAGAGAAGAUAAGGCUGUGGCGUGAGGAACAGAAGCUCAGACUGGAAGAGAAAGAUGCUGAAGAAGAAAGAAAAAAAGAGGAGAUGCUUAAGAUAGCAAAGAAAGAGCUAGAGGACUGGUACAAGACUCAUGAUGAGCAGAUUGCCAAGACCAAGGCAGCUAACAGGGAGUCUGCUAAGAACGCGGAGCGCGCGCUGGCGAAGGGGUCGGAGAGCGGCGUGGAGGAGGGCGGCGAGUGGGCGCGCGUGGCGGAGCUGUGCGACUUCGGCCCGCGCCGCGGCCGCGACGUGGCGCGCCUGCGCGGGCUCGUGCUGCAGCUCAAGCAGGCCGGCGUGCGCCCCAAGCACCCGCCCCGAGCUGCCAAAGUGGCCUGAAUCAACAGUGAGCUAGCCUAAUACUUUACUGUAAUCAGUCUCUGGUUGAAUAACCUAAAAUUAUAUAAAUAUAGAUAAUGUUAAUGGAUGCACCAUGUUAUAAAUAAAUAACAAUCAUUGUUCGAAA